AUGUUUGACGUGUAUAAAGGUUUGCUUUCCAAUGAUGAUCGUUCAAAACCCAAAGUUCUGUUUGCAUUUGGUGCUUUACUUGGAUUAUUUCUUAUAUCAACGAUUGUACUCGCUACUUUAUAUGGUCUUGAAAAGAAUAAAGCAUCAACUACAACUACCACAACUACCACAGUGAAUGAUGAAGCUUGUUUAACACCCUAUUGCAUUAAAGCAGCAAACUAUUUACUAGAAAGUAUUGAUGAGACAGUUGAUCCAUGUGAAGAUUUCUUUGAAUUUACAUGUGGAACAUGGUUAAAAAAUCAUAAGAUACCUGAUGAUGCUGGAUCUCAAGACACGUUCAAUGCUCUACGAACACAACUAGAUAGUGAUGUUGUUGAUAUCUUAACAUUGCCACUACCAAAUGAAAUGACCAAUAUUCAAUCUAUAAGAAAUGCACGUAUUUUAUAUGAUUCAUGCAAUAAUGAAACAAAUAUUGAAUCAGACGGUGUCAGUGCAAUAUUAUCUCUUGUUAAUAAUGAAUUUGGUGGUUGGCCGAUUCUACAAGGUUCAUCAUGGAAUGCUGCAUCAUUUAAUUUUUCGAAUUUAUUACUUAAACUACGAGAAUAUAGUAACAAUAUAAUAUAUAGUUGUGGUACAUCAACUGAUGACAGAAAUUCUUCUGUAUAUUAUAUUCGAGUAUCACAAAGUGAUUUAGCACUUGAACAACGAUCAAAUUAUAUUAAUGAAACAAAACUUGUUAGUGCUUAUCAAAAAUUUAUUCAAGAUUUUGCUGCAGCAUUCACUAAUGGUACAAAUACAAAUACAACAAUGAUUGUGCAGGAUGUUACAGAUAUUUAUAACUUUGAGAAAAGUAUUUCGAUACACCAUUUGACACCUGCAGAACAACGUGCAAGACAAAAUGAAACAGUUCGUACAACAAUUGGCAAUCUUUCUCAAACCUUUAGUACAAGUUUUGAUUUUACAAAUUAUUUACGACGAGUUUAUUCUUCAUCGGGUGUGACCUUGAAUGAUAAUGAUGUUGUAUCAAUAAGUGAAUUGGAUUAUUUAAGAAAUGCAUCAUCAAUUAUUAAUCAGACCCCAGCACGUACCAUCCAAAAUUAUUUUAUAUGGCGUUUUAUGAUGAAUAGAGUAUCAAGUAUGCCAAAACGUUAUCGAGCUACCAGAGAACCAUUUGAUCGUGAAUUUCGUGGUACAAGUAGUGAAAAAUCACGUUCAUUAACAUGUGGAAAUUAUGUUAAUGGGAACAUGGGUUUUGCUGUUUCGAAAGUUUAUAUAACAAGAUAUUUUGAUGAAAAUGCUAGAGCUCAGUCCUUAGAAAUGAUCAACAAUAUUCGAGAUGCUUUUAUUGAAAUGGUCAAAGACUCAACAUGGAUGGAUGCAACUUCAAAAGGUCGUGCCAUUGAAAAAGCAUUAGCAAUCGAUGAAAAAAUUGGUUAUCCAGAGUAUCUCAGUGGUAAUAAUAUAACGGAACUGGAAAAAAUGUAUGAAGAGUAUGGUUUUACUGAAUCAUAUGCACCUAACGUCUUAAAACUAUUACAAAUCAAAUCUAAAGAAGGUCUUUAUAGACUUCGUGAAAUUGUUGAUCGAAAAUCAUGGGGUACUAGUUCACCUACUGUUGUUAAUGCUUUUUACACGCCAUCAAAAAACCAAAUUAGUUUUCCCGCUGGUAUUCUUCAGAUGCCAUUUUUCAACAAAGAUGCACCUAAAUAUCUCAAUUAUGGUGGAAUUGGUGCUGUCAUUGGUCAUGAAAUUACUCAUGGUUUUGAUGAUAAUGGUCGUCAGUUUGAUAAAGAUGGUAAUCGUGUACUAUGGUGGACUCCUGAAACUAUCGAAAAAUUUAUCGAACGUAAAACAUGUAUUGUCGAUCAGUAUAGUAACUAUACUGUUGCUCAAAUCAAUCGCACAGUAAAUGGCAAUCAAACUCAAGGAGAAAACAUUGCUGAUAAUGGUGGAAUAAAAGAAGCAUUUUAUGCAUAUAAAAAGAUAUUAUCAUCAACAGAUGAUCUAAGUUUACCUGGUUUAAAAAAUUAUUCUAAUGAACAACUUUUUUUUAUCUGGUAUGCUCGAUUUCGUUGUUAUUGGGAAUACAAUGAUUAUCUAGCAUAUGUUAAACGAUUGAUUAAAAAGCAAUCAACUGGUCAUGCUAUCGAUGAGUUUCGAGUAAUUGGUCCAACAUCGAAUUUUCCUGAAUUUGAUCGAGUAUUUAAUUGUAAACCUGGACAAGGAAAUAGUCGAGUGAACAAAUGUACGGUUUGCAAAGUUCUGUUUGCAUUUGGUACUUUACUUGGAUUAUUUCUUAUAUCAACGAUUGUACUCGCUACUUUAUAUGGUCUUGAAAAGAGUAAAGCAUCGACAGUGAAUGAUGAAGCUUGUUCAACACCCUAUUGCAUUAAAGCAGCAAAUUAUAUACUAGAAAGUAUUGAUGAGACAGUUGAUCCAUGUGACGAUUUCUUUGAAUUUACUUGUGGAACAUGGUUAAAAACCCAUAAAAUACCUGAUGAUGCUGGAUCUCAAGAUACAUUUAAUGCUCUACGAACACAACUAGAUAGUGAUGUCGUUGAUAUCUUAACAUUAAAAUUACCAGAUGAAAUGACUAGUAUUCAAUCUAUAAAGAAUGCACGUAUUUUAUAUGAUUCAUGCAAUAAUGAAACAAAUAUUGAAUCAGACGGUGUCAAUGCAAUAUUAUCUCUUGUUAAUAAUGAAUUUGGUGGUUGGCCGAUUCUACAAGGUUCAUCAUGGAAUGCUGCAUCAUUUAAUUUUUUGAAUUUAUUACUUAAGCUACGAGAAUAUAAUAAUAAUAUAAUAUAUCGUUGUGAUACAGAAACUGACGAAAAGAAUUCUUCUGUAUAUUACAUUGGGGUAUCACAAAGUGAUCUAGCACUUGACCAACGAUCAAAUUAUGUUGGUGAAUCAAAACUUAUUACUGCGUAUCAACAGUUUAUUCGAGAUUUUGCUUUAUUAUUAACUAAUGAUACAACAACAAUUCAACAGGAUGUUACAGAUAUUUAUAACUUUGAGAAAAGUAUUUCAAUACACCAUUUGACACCUGCAGAACAAAGUGCUAAGCACAACGAAACAGUUCGUACAACAAUUGGUAAUCUUUCUCAAACCUUCAGUACAAGUUUUGAUUUUACAAAUUAUUUACGACACGUUUAUUCUUCAUCAGGUGUGACCUUGAAUGAUAAUGAUAUUGUAUCAAUAAGUGAAUUGGAUUACUUAAGAAAUGCAUCAUCAAUUAUUAAUCAGGCUUCAGCACGUACCAUACAAAAUUAUUUUAUAUGGCGUUUUAUGAUGAAUAGAGUAUCAAAUAUGCCAAAACGUUAUCGAGCUACCAGAGAGCCAUUUGAUCGUGAAUUUCGUGGUACAAGUAGUGAAAAGCCACGUUCAUUGACAUGUGGAAAUUAUGUUAAUACGAAUAUGGGUUUUGCUGUUUCGAAAGUUUAUAUAACAAGAUAUUUUGAUGAAAAUGCCAAAGCUGAGUCCUUAGAAAUGAUCAACAAUAUUCGAGAUGCUUUUAUUGAGAUGGUCAAAGACUCAACUUGGAUGGAUGAAACUUCAAAAGGUCGUGCUAUUGAAAAAGCAUUAGCAAUUGAUGAAAAAAUUGGUUAUCCAGAUUACUUGAGUAGUAGUAAUGUAACAGAACUGGAAAAAAUGUAUGAAGAGUAUAACUUUACUGGUUCAUAUGCAAAUAAUGUCUUAAAAGUAUUACAAUUAAGAUCCAAAGAAAGUCUUCGUAGCCUUCGUGAAACUGUUGAUCGAAAAUCAUGGGGUACUUAUAGUCCACCUACUGUUGUUAAUGCCUUUUAUAUGCCAUCAAAAAAUCAAAUUGUCUUUCCAGCUGGUAUUCUUCAAAUGCCAUUUUUCAACAAAGAUGCACCUAAAUAUCUCAAUUAUGGUGGAAUUGGUGCUGUCAUUGGUCAUGAAAUUACUCAUGGCUUUGAUGAUACUGGUCGUCAAUUUGACAAAGAUGGUAAUCGUGUACUAUGGUGGACUCCUGAAACUAUCGAAAAAUUUGUUGAACGUAAAACAUGUAUCGUAGAUCAAUACAGUAACUAUACUGUUGCUCAAAUCAAUCGCACACUAAAUGGUGAUCAAACUCAAGGAGAAAAUAUUGCUGAUAAUGGCGGAGUAAAAGAAGCAUUUUAUGCCUUUCAAAAAUGGGCAAGAGAAAAUGGAGAUCUUAAUAAAAAAUUACCUGGCUUGAAGAAGUAUUCAACUGAACAACUGUUCUUUAUGAAUUAUGGACAAAUUUGGUGUUCGAAAAUGACUGAUGCAAAUGCAUUGAAUAGAGUUCAAACAGGUGUUCAUUCACCUGGAAGAUUCAGAGUAAUUGGUCCACCAUCGAACUUUGCUGAAUUUGAUCGAGUAUUUAAUUGUAAACCUGGACAAGGAAAUAGUCGAGUGAACAAAUGUACGGUUUGGUAA